GAUCUUUCUGAACACAAUCAGUGGCCUCGCCGCUACUAACCAGUCUCACUACUUACUGCUAAAUAGUACUCUUUUCCUCUGUCUUUUCCCUAUCCCAAAUCUCCAUGAAAAAUCGUUACGUCCCUUAUAUUCUUCCAAUUCUUCUCGUUUUUCUAUACACUGACUAGGGCUUUUUCAGUGUUCUAUUAUUUUCAAAUCUCGCAGCUCGAGAUCACCGUUUCUGUGUGAGAAAUCACGCUGAGUGUGUGUUUGAAAUGGAGGAAGAGAUGAUGGAGGAUAUGGUUGAGUAUACGUUUACGGUAGUGGAGAUUGACCUCGAUUACGAGUAUGAUGCGCCUCGUUACUUUGAUUUUAGCCGUGACGAGUCUUUGCCUGAGACUCGUCAAGCUGAGAGCUGGUUUGAAUCUGCCGGAAGCUAUCCUCCUUCUCCUUUUGUCACUAGGUUAAUUAUGAAGGCGGAUGAUUUGUUGGAAAGCAUUAAUGUUUCUCCGAAAACCAAAGUUGAUGAAAACAUGAGUUUAUCAGAUAGUGAUUCUGAUAUAGAGGUCGAGCAAGGGGUUCCUGGUGCAAUAAAAGAAGGCGAGGGGAACAAUGCAGGACAUUCUGCUAACUUAGAAAUUAGCAAUGCCGAGAAACUUCUAUAUCAACUAAGACAGCUGCCUUCAGGGUUGACAUUCUACAAUCACAUGGCUAAAGAUACCACAAAAGGUAAAACCAAGUGUUCAGGGAAGCCAUCUUGUCCCAGGACCUCAACCCUCAUGAAACCAACCGCAAGUCACUUAGCCAAACAAAACCCACUUCGUCCAGUUGGUGAAUCGAGGUUACCCACAUUUUUGGUUGAGACGAAUGGAACAAAUUCUGCUGUGAUUGAGACUCAAGCUGCCAAGAGACAAAAACUUGAGAGUGGUCAUCUACGGAAGGUUGCCGAAGCAAAGCCUGUAUUUAGUUUUGUUCAUAAGGCACCUAAGCGAGAUGGAAAAGUUGAUGGCAACAACACAGUGGCUAAGCCCAGAAUAACUAUUCCUAGAGAGCCUGAGCUUCAAACAACUCAUAGAGCACAAAGGGCAAGGCCAAAGGUUAGUGAACAAGCAGAAAAUUUGGCGCCGACAGCUAUCCGUAGAUUCAAAGCUCUUCCACUGAAUAAAAAAAUCUUUGAAGGUCCUUCUUUGCCUCCAAAAAGAAGCAAUCCACGACUUCCGCAGUUUCAAGAAUUUCACCUGAAGACGUCAGAGAGAGCCGUGCAACAUCGUUCAGCCGUUUCAACUUCUGCGGCCAAUUCUUCUACUAGUAACAAGGUGUUGCAGAAACCCAUUAAUAAUUCAAUCAUGGAAUGUGGAAAUAGAGAAUUCAGAAGAGUUAAUCAUGUAGAGGCUCCAAAGCAGGAGGAAUCUACAUCAACUUACAACUUUAAAGCUCUUCCCCUUAAUAAAAAGAUCCUAUCAAGUAAAGGAGAUAUUGGAGUAUUCCGUAACACCAAGAGGGAAACCACAGUGCCAAUGGAGUUCAAUUUUCAUACUGAAAAGAGGAUUCAUCAUAAUCCGCCAAUUGAUCUGUUUAAUAAGCUCUCUCUUACAUCUGAGCCCCAACCUGCUGGAGUGCAGUUGAAAGCACAAAGACCAUCCUUCUUUCAGUCAAAGGGCUCUAAAGAAAAUAGAUGGGCUUAUUUCCAACAAAACCAUGAGAUAGUACACACGGAGAAGGCUAAACUAGCUGAUCUUAAAAGCAAAGCCAAUUCAGUUUGGUAGUGAUGUGGGGAUGACUGAAGUUUGUCAAGUCUCUAGCAUCAUCAACAGGAGUUUGGGCAUUCGGUAGAGGCAUAAUGCAGCACAUUUCUUAGUGUUGAUGAACCCUCUUUGCUUGAUUCAAAAGGCAGACUGAGACGAUGUAGCGAUGCAGUACAUAAAACCUGUCUGAAAUUGUCAAGUGUGUUAAUGUACACCCCAGCUUUAUAAUUUUUUAUGUAAAAAUCAAUAUCUACACAUGUAAAAGGUCAAAUACAAACGAUGAUGUUAAUCACCGUGUCAUCAUGUGAAUAAAAAUGAGCAAGUGUUGUUUAGUCGGAGCUGUUCAGCUUUA